AUGCUGCUUUUUACGGCACUCGUUAUUGGCGCAUUUGCCGCCGAAAACGAUUAUGGCAUCCAUAUGGGCGAGUUUACAGAGCCAAUCUGCAAGAAAGACUGGUGCACGACUACUUCGCUUGUAACUGAUAUGUGGUGCAAGGAACUUGGCGGAAAAAAUUGUGAAUACACGUGUCAGAUCCUCUUCAGCUUAGUUUCGGAUGAAGUUGAAACAGAAUGCGAAGACAAGCCGAUCGAAUUGGGAAAACGCAAAUGGAGCCAGAAUGAGUUUUUCUACGCGCCAAUUUAA